AUGACGAUGAAAGCCACAAUUUCACCAGGGAUAUUUUGCUGCUCCCUGCUGCUUUUCUCCUGCCUUGUUGUUUCCACGGUAACCGCCGACAACGAUGUCAGGAAGCCGUCGCCCGGAAGCGCCGCCUCCCCCGCCGCGGGCAAACGCACCGCUCUCUUCCUCCUCGCGGGCCGCAAAGCGCCGCCCGUCACCGCCGGGCCCAAGGGGGCGCCCAAGAAGGCCGAGGUGGAGGACGCCGACGGUCCGCCGCCCGUGGCCGAGCUGCCCCCGAAACCCCUCCCCCAGACCAUGUUGCCCAGGAACGUGACGGCGGACGCCCUCAAGCCCCCGCUGGGCGCCGCCAAGGUGGCCCCGCCCCCGAGGCAGCUGGUGGACGUGGACAUCUGCAGGGGCUACUUCGACGUGAUGGGCCACUUCGACAGCACCUUCAACUGCUCCCAGGGAAGCUACAUCUACUGCUGCGGGACGUGCCACUACCGCUUCUGCUGCGAGCACCAGCGCAACCGCCUGGACCAGGACUCCUGCACCAACUACAAGUCGCCCGACUGGGCCGAGCCGCAGGUGCCCGUCACCGUGCCCGCCGACAACAGGCCCGACCCGGACUUCGAGACGCUCCAGCAGCAGAGCAGCAGCACGGCCUACGUGAUUGGCGGCGUCAUCUCCUUCACGCUGGUGGCGGCCGUGGGCGUGCGGGUCGCCUUCAGCAAGGUGGCGCGGCGCCCGCGCAACCGAGACGCCAACGUGCCGAGGUCGCUGGUGGACAUCCUGCGCCACCAGUCGGGUCCCGUGCAGCACGGCGAGCGGAACAACAUGCUGACCACCUCCGACGGACGCACGGCCAAAAACAUGUACACGCCCAUCCUGCAGAGCAAGGACAACCGCAAGCGAGGCGCCCGCAUGAACAACCUGGGCACCCCGCAGCUGUCGUCCGGCCCCAAACUGAUCGCGAGCAGCGGGAAGGGCCUCGGCGGCGGCGGCGGCGGCGGGGUGGCGGUCGGCGGCGGCAUGCGGCGCAGCGGCAGCCGCUCGUCCUUCUCGCAUUCCUUCCACGACCUGGCGCAGCUGCCGCCGUCGUACGAAGCCGCCAUGCAGCCGGAAAUCAGCCGAUACAGCUCCCUCAAGAAGCUGGAGAAAGAGCUGGACGAGUAUUCCGGCUAUUAUUCGUCCAAGCGGCGCUCGACCAACGCGCCGCCGUCCUUCUACUCGUCGCAGCACCACCUUCCCUGGGCGGGCGACUACACGUCGGGCUCCUCCAGGGGCACCCUGCCGCUCGACGGCUCCCGGCCCCGCCCGUACGCGCCUCCCUCCGCGCCCAACCCGUACCCGCUGCCCGUGCCCGCGCAUUACGGCGGCUUCGAGCGGCCGCCGCGCCGCGUGCGCUCCCAGGAUCAGCUGCUGGCGCUGGGCGAGGGCAACACCCUGUCGCGGCUCUUCAAGAACCAGCAGCAGCACUACUACCGGAACGUGAUGAUGGGCGGCAGCGGGAGGAGUGCCGCCUCGCAGACGCUGCGCAGGUCCCACGAGCGGCUCCUGGUGUCCCCGGACCGCCUGGAGGACCGCCUGAUGGCGGAGAGAGGCGCGGGCGGCGCGGUGCCCGCCAUGGGCCGCCUGAGCCACCACCACAAGGCCCAGUCGCAGCAGAACAUCUGCGCCACGCCCUCCACCGAGCGCCACCACAUGAUCAAGAUGAACUCCCACCCGACGCCGGGCCACGAGCACAGCGGGUGGGACGGGGGGCACCCCAACGCCCGCCGCGCGGCCUUCGCCGGCGUGCGGCAGAACACCGUCGAGCAGCUCCACUUCAUCCCGGGCGGCGGAGGGGGACACGCCCUGAGGACCGCCAGUAAGAACGAGGUCACCGUCUGAGGCCGGCGCGCUUUCGGGCUUCUUUUGCGCGCCGGGCGGAAGCGAAAGCGCCCGUUUCGUACGUUCCGGCAACGCUACUCGCGCUACGUAACACACAAACAAACACCGCUAUACAUUUACACACCGCACACAAACAGGCGCCCCCGCUCGUUGCCGAAACGCGCAGAAGUCAGGAUGGACGUCGGUACGCGGCCGCGAGAGGAAAUCCAGGAAGACGGGAUGAGGGAGGAGGAAAAGAAUUAAACGAGGCUCCAUUUGCAUUCCUUUGAAGGUUUGUAUAAAAAAAUAAUAAAUGUCCAAAAGUUCGGACGCUUGCUCCAAAGGUGCCGUGAAGGCGCGCCGACGUCGGCGACGUUGGGACCGCCGCGACGUCCUCGCCCAAAAAUGGCCGCCUCAUCGCCGUUGAAUUUUUAACACAGAUUUUUUUUUUUUUUUUUAGCCUCCCAAAAAAAAAAUUAUAGGUAAAAAAAAAAAAUAAUAAUUCCGAAUCUCAAAAUAUUAUGUAUAACCAAAUUUUAAUUCAACGUUUCAGAAAAUCGAGUGUACAUUUAUUUUCAACAUUUUAAAAGAUUUAAUUAAAAAAAAAACAUUCAACAUUUCAAAUUCUGUCAGGCUAAUAUAUAUAUAUAUAGAUAUAUUAAACCCCCCCCUCCAAAAAAAAAUACCAAAAAAAAAAAAAAACCCAGAAGCGAGGAGGAAAAAAUAA